AUGUCGUCUGCGCUCACCAUCCAUCACCUACGGCGCUCUAUUUCCGAGAGAGUUGUCUGGCUAUGCGAAGAGCUCGACAUUCCUUACAAUUUGAAGUCGUACGAUAGAGAGCCUCCCACCCUGGCUGCCCCAGAGGAGUAUCGCAAGAUUCACUGGGCUGGGACUGCACCUAUCAUUGAGGACGGAGGAAUGGUCCUUGCCGAAACAAGCGCCGUCUUCGAAUAUAUUCUGACAAAGUACGCCAAUGGGCGCCUAUCUCUGCCCUCGACUCACCCGCAAUAUGGCGACUACCUCUUCUGGCUUCAUCGAGCUAAUGGGACCACGCAGCCGGGUCUAGUUGCUCUGAUGUUUGGUCGUCUUAGCGGUAACUCGAAAGAGGGCCUCGGCACCAGGGUUACGCAAAAGUGCGUUGAUGAGAACGUCGAGGCCAUGGACGCUCGGCUGGCCAAGUUCCCAUACCUCGCGGGCGAUGAGUUCACAGCUGCCGAUUGCAUGUCGGUCUUCUCCGUGACCGCGCUCCGUCUCUUUAAUCCAUACUCCCCUGAGCCAUACCCGGACAUUGUGAAGUAUCUUGAGCGGAUGUCACACUGUGAGGCCUAUAAGCGCGCUUUGGGUAAGGGGGAUCCGGGUUUGGAGCCUGUCAUUUCCACCCAUGCUCCGGAGAACACUGUCUGGUAA